GAAAGGAGGGUUGGGUGCGUGGUGGAUGGGCGCGUGGUGCAAAGGUGAGCAACUCGAGAGACGUCACUUGUUCACGAUCUGGCGAACGGUGCACUUUCAAGAUCACCCUCUGAUGGGGGGUGUCGGCAUUAUAAUCGCGAGAGUAACAGCGCGUGACAUAUUCGCCACACCGUCGAUUUCGAGUAGCAGAACGAAUGAUGGUUCAUCGACGGCCGAUUUCUAAGGAAAAUGUUCCUUGUUCUUGAAGUGUCGGAGAACCUUUGCUGUCGCGUGACUUAAAAGUGAUCGAUUUUUUGGCAAACGGUGAUCGAGAUUCGCGAACGAUGAACGAGUCGGAUGAAUACUCGUUCUACGAGAACUUCAGCGAAGAGUUGAAGUACCUGGAAACGAUACGUGGUCCCAAGUACUUACCCUUAACGCUGGUAGUGCCUGUUACCCUCGCGUACGUUGUCAUCUUCGUAACCGGGUUCGCCGGUAACAUCAUCACUUGCAUCGUUAUCUGGAGGAAUCCAACUGCGCAGACUGCGACCAAUUAUUACUUGUUCAAUUUGGCUGUGUCCGAUUUGCUGUUUUUAGUUUUGGGUUUACCCUUCGAAUUGAGCGUAUUUUGGCAACAAUAUCCAUGGCAAUGGGGAUUAGGGAUAUGCAAACUGAGAGCGUACGUCUCUGAAACGUCCUCUUAUGUGUCGGUACUAACUAUAGUGGCGUUCUCGGUAGAAAGAUAUUUGGCAAUUUGUCACCCCCUUCGUCAUUACGGGAGUGGACUGAAGCGUUCCAUACGAUCCAUAUUUGGUGCAUGGCUGGUAGCCUUAAUUUUUGCUAUGCCAUUCGCAGCCUACAUCGACAUCGAUUACGUGAAAUACCCGCAAAACUCUACGCGAAACUCGGAAGAGUCCGCGAUUUGCGCGAUGCUGAAUAUGCCUGAAUUUCCUCUCUACCAACUCAGCUGCAUCCUCUUCUUCCUCGUGCCGAUGGUGUUUAUCGUGGUACUUUACGUGCGAAUAGGGUUACGAAUACAAAGUGACACCCUCGCGCAGAACGUCGAGGGAUAUGUUCAUGGGGAAACCAAACAAGCCCAGUCACGGAAAACCAUCACGCGGAUGCUGAGUGCCGUGGUGAUCACAUUUUUCAUCUGUUGGGCGCCAUUUCACAUCCAGCGAUUAUUAUACGUGUACGAGGACUCGAUGCACGAAGACAUGAGCCAGUGGUUCUACCCGCUCACCGGUUGCCUUUAUUACUUCAGUACCACUAUCAAUCCCAUUCUGUACAACGUGAUGGGCGCGAAAUACCGGAACGCUUUUAAGGAAACGUGUCGAUGCUCCAGUAGUAGUCCAUCCAUUAGCAGAGUCGGUCAGAGCAGCGUGAGAGAUUCGAGUACAAUUUGUGGCGGCAGGCCUAGCAAAGGAUCUCAGAUUUUCCGAGGAAGAGGCGCAAAUUGCCAGCGUAGGACGUACAGCGCAUCUGGCUGCAUGGAGAACAACUUACGUGGGGCAGGUCAAUUACAGCCGGACGACGGGGAGGGAGAGAAACGUGCGGUAGCUGCGAACGACUCGUCGACAGGGGACAAAAGCAGCGAAGAAAUCGUUGACACGCAAUGUUCGCAACGACCGAGAAAAACCUCGAUCCUGAUCCACGCGAAAAAUGGACGUCUGAGAUACCACGUGUCCGACAAGGACGACAUCCCCUCGGACGAGACGCACAUCUGA